CCCUCCUUGACUAACACACACACACACACAAACACACAUGCGCUCUCUCUCUCUUUCUGUCUGUCUUUCUUUCUAUCUCUCAGUCAGUAAUAAUGGAGCCCAGCAGUCCGAAGAAGAUCCAGUUUGCUGUGCCCCCGCUGCAGGGACAGUUGGACCCACAGGCCGCUGAACAUGUGAGUGUGUGUAUGUCCUCGUAUCCGAGCAUGUGUGUGUGUGUGCCACUGAGUUGGGGUGGAUGGUGUGGGUUCAUGCAUACGAGGGCUGAAUGGGGCUUCUAUCUGUCAUCUUGUGAGUCUUGUCAGGAAUUUUCUGUGUGUGGGUGCAGAUCAGCAUGUGUGCAUAAGUCAGUGCUAUGAAAACUGCUGUGUGUGUUUCAGGGCAACAGUAUGUGUAUUUAAUGGGUCUGUCAUCUUUGAGUGGCACACAUGUGACACACUUGAGUGUUUUGCAAGCUAGGUUUGAGUUCAUGUAUGUUUGCACACUUUAAUUGGGUAUUUUUAUGUGUUUGUUAGAGGAUGGUACAUGGAAAAAAAACUAUAAAACUAUUUAAGACAAAUAAAACAAGCGUUAACGGUUGUCCUAUAUUCCUUUAUAUACAUCCUGUUACUGCCAUCGUUUUAUAUGUUUCAGAAACUCUAAUACCAUGAGAAAUUUUUUUAUUGGAGUGGCUAGUUUGUUUUUGUUUCCUUCAUAUAGAUGAUGCUAAAAAGGUGACAAUCCAAUAGAGUCAAGCAGCAGAAGUUCUGUUACAUUCACUCCAGUUACAGACAAUCUGUGGCUGAAUGAAACUAGUUUAUGCCUGAUCUCUAAAAGGGGAAAACAGAGUCAAACGAACAGACUGAUCUGUUUUUCAUACAAGUGAGUAAGCAAAGAGUUCAGAACACCACAGAUGUACAGUCCAUGUAAGAGUAACAGAGGCGUAAUUCUCCUUCAGCUGUAUCUGAGCGACUCCUACAGUAACAAGAAACAGAAACUUUAAACAUCACCUCAGGGAGUGAAAACAGCCCUUCUCUGUGUAAGGCUCGCUGCUUGUUGCCUCGCUGACGUCUUUAUGAACUGUUGAAGUCGAUGUAAAACGGAAGUUGUUCGUUUCUAAGGAAGCCGGUAAUGAACAGUGACAGAUGAGGGCCCCUCUGUGCCUAUUUGGGAGCCCCUAUGUUGGAAACGGACAGCUUACAGAGGUCAGAGAUAAAUUUGAGCAGUGGUUUUAUGAGAUACGAUCUUGUAAACUAGCCCACCCCUCUUUGACGAUGACAACGGACACUUACAUUCCUGUAGUGGGAACUGAGCCAAGCGUGAACUUAGUUUCCCAGCAGUUGUGAAAGAAGAAAGUGAUUUUCGUAAGAAAGUGCUCAUGAUUGAGUUUAAAUGUUUAAAAUAUCUACAAUGUCCUGUUGCAUAGAAAUAAACAGUGGUCAGUUGCACAGUUUAUGUUAUCCAUAUGGCUGAGCAGUUUGUGGGAAAGCUCUGUUUUUUCAUAGAGAGUAAACAACAAGAGGAUGGUCAUCGUUUUAAAGGCGUUUUAGAUGACUAACUAAUAAUUGCAGUUAUCCGGUGGUUAAUCAAACGAUCUUAAUAUUGUUUUUUCAAACCUGAUGAGGUGUGUCGAGCUGUGUGUUUUUAAAGUGUAAUUAUGGGGACACUAAGUUCCAGCAGGUGUUUUGAAGAGCUUAAAGUUAGAUAACUAUGAAACUAUGUCAGGUUAAAAUGAAAAGCCAAAGAUUGACCGAAAUCAGAAAUGAAAUAGAAAUGAGGAUUUUAAAACAGAAGAAGAAAAAAAUCACGAUCUACAAGGUGACAAAGAGAUUCAAUAGUUAAAAUGCUUAAACAGACUAAUUUAUUCAUUAAAGGAAAAAAAAAAAGUCAUGCAGGAGAAAAAUACACAAAUGCCUAGACAAAACCCAAAGAAAUUCAAAGGGUUAACUAUUUAAACUUACUAUUUUGUGUUUGUGUGUUUACAGAUCCGUCGAAGACGACCAACUCCUGCUACCCUGCAGAUCUACAGACAACCUGGCACAGGUGAGAAAGAAGGAGAGAGAGAGAGAAAAAGAAAGAUGGGGGGUGGGGGGUGGGGUGAAAAGCAGCAGCAAUAAUGGAACCUUUAUUAGAUUUGUGCUGCAGCUUUUGGUAAGUGAUCUCACAGUGCAGACUGGACUGAUGGAUGCUGGGAGUGUGUGUUUGUGUGUGUGUGAGAGAGAGAGUGUGUGAGCAUAUGGGAGGGCUCCAAGCGCUUAUAAAUCCCUGUGCAGGAACUGGCUGAUUGAAUAAUCGGCCUGAUUCCAUUUUUUUCUCGGUGCAGUUGCACAAAGCUCUGCAGGCGCCUGAAGGAUUCUCAAGCAAACCAUUUUUCCUCAAAGAACAGGAUUGUUGGUUUUCAAACACAGCAGGAGGACUGGAAAUACAAACAGAACAGGCCAAGACAAGACACAAGUUUGGUAUCUUAGAAAGAAAUCAAAGUCUUCAUGGGAUUGUCAUUCCUAAUUUUGAUCAGUCAGUCUGAGUGGGAGCAGCUGGCAGCUGUGAAAACAAAAACUGCAUGUACACCCCUGACCUGAAACAAAGAUAUUCACAGAGCAGAUGUUAUGUCUGAGCUCAAUAAAUGCUUGUGAUUUGUGUAAGUUCCCCACUUGGGUGUCUCUGAGUAUGGAUGAAGUCAACACUGACUCCUGUCAGUGACCUCUGGGAAUAAAGUCUUGUCAUUUUUGAAGCUAAUCUUCUUUGUUAAAUAUCCCAGGAAUAAAAUCUGCUUCUGGCUCAGAAGUGUUGUUUUAAAAAUGAAUUAAAGCUAAAGAACACUGCGGAUCAAAACUGUAUUUCCGAGCUUAGAGAAGAAGUGCUUGUUGACUCAAUAAAUAAAGUUUUCUUAACACUCUGUAAUAGAUUACCUUUAUAACAUUCUGACAAGCAACUUGAAAAUACUUAUGGAGAUAAAAGAGUUGGAGUUAAAGGGAUAUUCCGGUGUAAAAUUAAGUUAGGGUCAAACAAACCGUAACACAGAGUCAGACACCCCCUUGAGAGAUGAAUGUUCCUGACUGCUUGCUUCUCUAGUUAUACCAGCUUUGCUAACAACCACACGAUAAUAAUACACAGUGGUCUACGUCUCCACGCACAAACCUCAACCAAAAAGCCACUCUAUAGCCACAAACAAUGCUUAGAAAAGCCCUUAACUUCAUCAACAGUACAUAUAGGGUCCCAGCUAUAGAGACCAAACCCAACUCACCCACUCUCCUCCAGCAGCCGCUUGUUUGUGGGGGAGACCUGACGAGUUGAUCACCGAGUGCAGCGGAGUUUCGCAGUUCAAGGAAGAACAUUUAUGAAAUGCAAUCAGACUGAGAUGCUAAAGCAGAGGAACUACCAUGUCUGCAGUGCAAAAUGAUUAUUAUGAUUAUUAUUACUCCAUAGAAAUGAUGUAAUAAUGAUCGGUGACUGACUCAUCAAGGCUCCCCCCACAAACAAGCGGCUGCUGGAAGAGUGGGUGAAUUGUGUUGUUGAAGUUGGUACAACAUUGGCAACAUUCAUCUCUCAAGGGGGUGUCUAGCUCAGCGUUAUGGUGUGUUUGACCCUAAAUGAAUUUUAUGCCGGAAUAUCCCUUUAAGAUAGACAGUGUGAAGAGAUGAUAUCUGAGACUUAGUGGUUAGGGCUAGGUAGCUAAUUUCUGGAUCAAAACACACUGUUAGCGAAGUGAGUUUUCCAUAAUUCAUCAGUUUUAAAAAUAUUUUAGUCAUUUGUUUUGCAUUACUGGGGAGAAUGCUGACUUGACUGACAGGUGGGCAUAUUAUAGCUGUAAAUAAAGAGGCUAUAAACUCUCUUGCUAGUUGAGUCAGCAUUUCCAAUGUUGCAACCGUCAUCAAUAGGCUUCAAUACUAAGUUCAAGAAAACGAUAGCUGAUUUCAUGGGCUAUGUAUUUACAUACAGUAUCUGAACUAAAAAGGAGCAGAGUUACCACUUGGUCAAUUGCCCAUUUCAAAAGAGGACUAUAAUAGCUUGCAGGUGUUAAAAAGGUAACAACUCAUUGGUGAAUACCAUGGUUUUUGAAUCCUGCACUGGGUACUCCCUAACUUUAUUCAUAAUUCAUAAAGUGCAAAAAAGAAGGAAGCUGCCCUUUGUGGUUUGAAACAGUAGACUGAUCAAUGGACAGUGUUAGAUCCCACAGCUCAAGCUGUUUCCUAGUUAUUUUUUUUAGCUAAUCAUGUUUUAUGUGAACGUUAUUAAAUUAGAAUUAAUUUUAAAUAAGUAGAAUUAAUUUACAAUUUCCAUAUUACGGUUUAAAUACUAAAGCGCCAUAGCAGGAGGGUGAGAUUAACCGUUUCCUGUGCAAUAGUCAGUAUGAGACAACAGGCUUAUGUAUCUGUAUUUUCUUCAAUAGCUAUCAAGAGGAUGUAUUUAAUGAUAAGUUUGGUCAAUGUUGGCAUAACCAGGCUUACAGUUUGUACAUGCAGUUAUUUGGCACUGGAAAGGCUGAUGUUAUCAGUGAUACACCUCAGUUUCACACCUUUUGAACCGGCACAGUUAGGAUGUUGCCAAAAAUGUAGAUACUGAACAUUUAAGUAGGAAGUUAGCUGUAAAUGUGUACACCCAGACUCCAGUGAGACAGGUCACCAUCCUUCCCAAUCAAUGGAGGUAAAUAAAUUAUGACUUUUUUUAGUGUCAAAGUGUCUGUGACUGAGCAGCAAUCAAAUUGUCACCACAGCAUAAUUUGGAAAGCAGUUGAGGAGUGAAGAAACUUACGACGAGUAUUAGGGCCACAUUGAGAAAAAAAAAAAAAAAGACUUUGAGAUUAAAAUCAUUACUUCUGAGAACAAAGUCAUAAUAAAUUCAUAAUGAGACUAAAAUCAUAAUAAAAUAAUUUCGUAUGAGAAUAAAAUUGUAAUAAAGUAAUUACUUAGGAGAAUAAAGUCAUGAUACAGUCCUUAUAUUCUAAUCUGUUGAGUAAGAUGACAGUUGUUGAAGUGAGAGCCAUGGAGCAUUUCCUGAAAAUGUACUUCAGUAUAGAUUUCUCAAACAAGGAGAUGCUUAAUCUUUUGGCACAUAAGCAUCACAUUAUCAUAAGUAAUGACCUUUUUCUCGUUUGUAAUUACUCCAUUCUUGUAAAUUAACGACUUUGAUCUUUAAUUUUUUUUUUUUCUUUUCUUAAUGUGGCCUAAUACUCCAUCGUAGAAACUUGACUUUGAGUGGCAAGAGAGUAAAAGAACAUCUGUUGACUGAUGUGGAAAAAGUGAUGUAGGAAAUUGAUUGCAGAUGAAUCGUUAAAAACAAGUCCCAAUACUGCUGUCUCUUCCCUUUUGUAGAUGUCGGUGAUCAACACAACGCCAGUGGGGAGUCACAGGUUUGUUCUGAUUUUCUUUUUAUGUAAAAACAAUAAAUUAGGUUUUGAGAAAGAGUUUUUAAAUCUAAGGUUCUUAUAGACACACAACUUCACGGCUUAGUAUUGAGUUUCCUGUGAUGUAUCCAGAAUUAACAGCACAAUAACAAUUUAAACAUCGGGAUGUUAUCUCUUCCCGCAAGUUUACUUACUUUAAUUGUAUUUGUUUUGUUUAUUGGAAUAGGGAAACACAAUCUCAUAGAUAGUGGGUUGUAAAUAAGUGUAAUAAACUCAGAAGAUAACAGUGAUAAGAUGAGAAAUGCCUCAUAGCAGCAGGUCAGGAGAAAGUUCAUGAGAUGUGGGCAGAUAGUAAAGUCUGUCCAGCCUGUGUUGGAUGUUUUACUCAGAUCAUCAGAACUUCCAUUUAAUAUUUUGAACUCUUUCAGUAUUUUUCAGAACCUUCCUCAUACCAAAUGUCUUACUGUAAUGGUUGUGACUGUAUGAAAUCAGGUUAAUGUUUCUCCUCUUCAGGCUUCUGAGGCCUCUCAGAGGAAGCAGAGCACCUACGCUCCACCCUCGAUGAAAGGUAAACAAAGGCCUCAAGGUGUGCACAAUGUACAGCUGGAGCUUAUGAAAUCUGUUUAGCAGAAGCAAAGCAGAAAAAUCUGUUUCCCCUCUGAGAAGAGGAUUAUGUUCGAUGAUGUACUUGGUGCAUCCCAGGUCGAUCUCUGCAGUCGAACCCUAUUAAGAUGUGCCCCAUUUAAAGGCAAGUGGAAGAAUAGAGAGGUGUGCAGGAAAUAAUGCCAUACACAAACAAAAAAAGAUGCUACUGAAAGCACUAAAGCACAAACUGAAACACAUGGGAGGACUGGGAGAAAGCAGAGGAACCAGUUGUGUAAACAUCUGUUAAAAGGCCUCUAAAGAAAUGCUUUAGGAAUGAAGGUUUGCAUUGUUCAUGUCAUUUCUAACACACGGCAUGACCUCCAUGCAAAUCAUUUCUACAUUUCUGAUGAGUAGUAAUCGGCCUCAGUCCCUCAGAUAUCAAAUGUCAUCACAGUCUAUGUCAGGCAUGUCCCCAUUAACACGCAGCACAUUUCAAGUUGAACUAACACUCACUCUCUGACCCUUAUUCUGAACUGUGUCCUUAUUAAAGUCUGUGAUCGUGACGCUUUUGUUGCAGCUGCUCUCCUCUUGUGUCUUCAGUGUCAUGAUCUCUAUACUGUAUGUUUGUUUUUUAUGGACCUUCUGUUUGUUUUACUUUAUUACACACUGUUUGUCUUAUCUAUAGACAUUUCCUGUUUUACUCCCAGCUCUGUUUUUUUUUUUUCCCCCAAUAUUUGUUCAGCUCAGAUCAGAAGGUUCAGCUGACAGGGGGACGGGGAAAUGUGGUGAUUUGGGGAAAGGUAGUGGUUUCUGAUUGGCCCUGAGUUAGCUCAUUAUCUUGUUGUAUUAGUAUACCAUAAAAUUAAGUCUUGGUAGUUCCCAGUGGAAAUAAAAUACAAGAGUUAGCAAUAUCUCAUUUUUUAUUUGUUUAUCUUAAAGAAAAUACUCAAUAACUAAGGUUCCUUUCUGAACGAUGGCAGUGGGAUUAAAUGUGUGCAGUUUGGGUCAAAGCCCUUGCCAGUAAAAUCACCAAUAAAACACAUUGGUUUUAACUCAAGCUGAAAUACUAAUGUAUUCAGCUUUUAUUCUUUUUUGGCUUUCAGCAUGAUUAGUCAAUUAAAAGUUGUUCAUUUAAAGGAGCCAAUCAUUGUUGUUUUAUUGAAAGUAGUAGUAAAAGUGUUGUUUACUUGUAGGUGACAUAAGACUGGUUUACAUAAGUUGUGUACUCUACGGUCUCUGUAUCAGUAAAUACUACACAGGUACUACAGGACAAAAAGCUUUCCCUGCCUGACUGCUUUUAUCUCUAAAAGAGUUGUUGUUAUUUCGUUAUCAUCGUUUCACUGAAUAAUUCAUAAAACCCUUACAGAGCCAGAGGAAACUACUGCGGCCUUUCUGUUGAGCUCCACAGUUCACAAAGGCUGACCGAGCAAUACAUUUAUAUUAUUUUCAGCAUACAUAUUGUAUGUCUUCGAAUACAUAUGCUAAACAGAUGUCUAUUUAAAAGGUUCUGCAAUACAGAGGUGGGUACAUGUAUCAAAGAGGAGAAAGUAAUAUAAAAAUAUACAUAUAUACAUCACAAGCAUGGGUGCAGAGCUGAUGCACUGAGCUGGUUCCGGGAAGUGGAGACAGUAAAAGCUUUUCUUUUAUUGAUCCAGUCUAAGAGAGAGAGAGAGAGAGAGAGAGAGAGAGAGAGAGAGAGAGAGAGAGAGAGAGAGAGAGAUGGAGAGAGAGAGUUGAUGUGUUGGCCAGGCCAGUUAGCUAAAAGCCUCAUGAGUAACUGCCUGAGCACUCAACCCAUGUAUUUAUGAAUAUGAGGAGCAGUCAAAACUACAUUUCAAUAAGAAUCUUAAUAUUCAAUAAGAAUUUCAAUAGGGCUGAUUUUACCGUAUAUUAGGUACCUGCCCUACAAGUAUUGUAUUUUUUGGACUAUAAGGCACACUUAAAAUCCUUAAAUUUUCUCAAACAUUGACAGAGCGCCUUAUGAUCCAGUGUGCCUUAUGUAUGAUUACUUGUUGUGCUUACUGACCAAUUCUAUGUGGUACAAUGUGCUCAAAAAUCUGUCAAAAUGUGUAACUACCACUUUGGUAAGCAAUGAAGCCGCUCCGCUUAAGGGAUAUUCAGAGCAUUGCGGUACCCUUUGUCACAACCUGAUCAGCCCGUAACAGGACCCCUGAGCAGUCUACAAGACUGCCUAACUGUAAUGUCUAAACUGGAAGUGCAUUCAUGUAAGGCAACCCGGGCCCAGAGUACAUGCUAGCAACAAUAAACCAAUCAAUGCUUAAUACGCCGGUGCGUGUGGUUGUGUGAAAAAAGACACGUUAAUUCACAGUGCGCUGUAUAAUCCAGUGCGCCUUAUCACCUGAAAAUACAGUAUCUAAGAUGUCAGAAAAAUCAACUCUAUCAUCUUUUUGUCUCUGUAUAAUUUAUUAUUAUUACAAUUAUUUUGCAGUUUAAGUUUUUUAAAAUCUUAAGUUAUAUUCACUGUAUUUAAAAAUCCUUUUUUUUUUUUUGUUUUGUUUUUUUUUUUUGUUAUCCUGGCUUUUUCUACGCCAUUUUAACAUCACUGUAGUUUGAGCUUAUGUCCACCAGAGGCGCUCUUCUCUCCCCAGAGCUUCAACUGGGGGUGGAGCAGCAGCUUCUAGGGGCGGGGCUUUGUGAGGCAGACGACCAGUUGAGCCCUAUCACAGCACAGCUAUAUGCCAGCGCUUUGUGGGCCAAUCACAAUGGGGAAGAAGAAGCCAAUGGGAAUGACGCGGGUCUGCUGUUAGCCAAUCAGGAGAGGGGCGUGGCAGAGAGCAACAGCAGUGGGGGUAAAACUGUUUUUAGACAGAAAUAUUUAUACACUGCAGCAGUACGCUCCUCAUGAAGCCGGGUUUCGAUUGAUAAAUUGUAGUAUUACGUACUAUCAAUAAAACUUUAAAAAAAAAUAGCUUCAUUAACGGAAGAAGUGUUGCAUUCAAUUUGAUCUUGGGUGUCAGAAAUUCAGACGCAUAUCCCAGUAAUUUGGGAUUCCUACUCUGCAAACACAGAUGAUUGCCCACUACAUCAACUGUAAAACAGCUGUACCUAUAACAGUUUGUUAGCAACUUGGUUUAGUUUUGCAUCAGGAGAGGCAAUCAACUAUUUGAAUAAAUGAUAAUAAAGCUUUUAGGAAGGUUGCCACAAACUCUAUAGAUAUCUGCUGUUUGCGUGCUUGGCUAAAAUUAAGGCAUCAGUCUUUAGAGGCCACAAUAAUAAUACACGGCCUAAUGUGGUUAUAAGAGAGCUAAACGCUGUUUAGAGUCGCAGUGGGGAAUUUUCAUCCAGACCUAAGUUAUAAACAAACAUUAAAAGUGCCUCAAUUCAUUGCAGAUACUUCUGUAAGUGUAUGUUCUCAAAGUCUCACAGAAGCAUUUCACUCAGGUUACUUUCUACUUCAGAGUUAAAGCAUGGUGGAACAUCAACAAUGACUGAGUGUUCAAUCUUCAAUCACUGUUUAUUCAGUACAGUCGAGUUUAAAGGGAUAUUCCAGCGUAGAGUUAAUUUAGGGUCAAACACACCAUAACACUGAGUUAGACACAAAAGGGUGAUUUUUGCAGACUACUUGCUUCUCUAGUUAUACCAACUUCAGCAACGGACACAGGAUAGCAAAACACAGCGGUCUGAGGAGCCACACACAAACCUCAACCAAAAAGCCUCUAUAGCCACAAAUAAUACUCAGAACAGCACCUAACUUCAUCAACAGUACAUAUAGGGUCCCAGCCAUGGUACUAGCCACCAAAUAUCUUUUUAGCUUUGCCCAGUUUCUUUAGCAAAGAGACUAAACACAACUCACCCUCUCUCCUCCAGCAGCCGCUUGUUUGUAGCAAGACCUCGACCAGUCCAUCAUUGACUGAAGCGGGGGGGGGGGGGGGGCAGCUCAAGGAAGAACAUUUAUGAUAAUUACUAGUAAGUAAUGAAGUAAUAAUCACCAGAUUAAUCAUUUUGCACUGCAGAUGGGGUAGCCUUUCCAUUAAAAGAGAGAUCAUUUCCAAGAAAUGGUGGAAAGAUGUUACUAUGGCUGGGACCCUAUAUGUACUGUCGAUGAAGUUAGGUGCUGUUCUGAGUAUUAUUUGUGGCUAUAGAGGCUUUUUGGUUGAGGUUUGUGUGUGGCUCCUCAGACCGCUGUGUUUUGAUAUCACAUCAAAUCACAUCCUUGGGUGCAAUGCCAAUUGAAAAAUCUAAUUCAACAAAUCUCUCUAACAGUGUACGCUUGGUCACUGUUAAAGUUCCACUUUGCCUCGUCUCAAAAAUUGGGACAUUUCUUGAGAAACCUGAUUUUAUUCCUUCAUGUCCCCAAAGGGACUGUAACAACUUGGCUAUAACUUUUUCUGCUUAAACCAUAAUCUUACUUUUUACUCGAUUUAGUAUAGCCCUUGGUCUUAAACUAGUUAAACCCUGACACUUCACCACAUUUUCUACAUGAUGGACCGUGUUGCAUGAAGACUUGUUGCCUGCACAAAAACAUGGUCGGAGCAAAUCGUAAAUGCAGUGAUACUGGUUUAAUAGUUCUGCUCACCUCACACAGUAGUUUUUUUCAAUAGUUCACACAAAUUAGAAAUUUUACACACUUUUGCUUACAUAACGACAUCAGACACACUCUGUCUUUACCAAUAUUUACUGUCUAACUUUACACAUUAACAACCAGAAACAGCACUAACAACCCUGUCUUUCCCUCUCUUUCUUUGCACGACCUCUUCACUACCCAUCCCCCAUCUCUCUACCUUUUUCUCAGAUGUGUCAUGCGACAACAGCAAGGAAGCGUCAAGUCCAGACUCUGUCUCACGAUAGCCACCUUUACUCACUGUCAUCUCUUUGUCUUUCAAUAACUACAUUUCCUCUUAGUCGGCAUAGUUCAUACGACCCUAUUAACAUCACUGCUUUCCUCCUGUGCUCCACAGAAAUACUCUAUGCUUUGAUUUGUCUCUUCCUCUUCCAUGUGCUUUAACAACCACACACACACACACACACACACACACACACACACAUAGGGGUUUAAGUUAAAAGUGGUGAAUCUGUUACAUAUAAAUCACCGUGAUGAAGUUUUGCUUGUGAAUAAAGAUGUACUAUAUUCAAAGAUUUCUGAAGCACAUGAGUUUUUAUCAGUGGGAACCAUCGCUUUCGCAAAAUAUACAAUGCAUUUCAUGCUGUGUCAUACAUCUUUGUGACCCUGUUGUUUGGAGAUCAUCAUUCCCUGUCUCUGCGUGAACAGCUGACAUGUCUAUUUGUGUUUGUGAGUGAGUGUGUGUGUGUGUGUGCCUCAGUGUUUUACCAUAUGAGCCUGUAGAGCCUUAACAUCCACAGAUGUGCUGUAAGAGGAUGUUCUUGACCUACCUUUUUACAUGUAUUUUAACAGAGAAGAAAUGUCUGAUAUUUGGACCAUUAUUGUAAAUUUUUAUCAGACAUUUUCCCCAGUGGACACAUUGACAUUGAUAUCUUUGCAUAUGAAUGUGGCCAAAAGCCAGAAGAUACCAGCUAACAAUAACUAUAACUGCAACAUGUCGAAGUUGGUCUACUAACCAUACGAAAACUAGUAGUAUCAGAACAUCAAAAACAUUCACACGAAUGAUGCUUUUUUACAUUUUACUGUGCAUACUGAUGGAGUGUGAUGAAUGUGUGCCAUCUGUACACUUGUAAGAUCUGAGGGGUAAAGGUAGGUGCCAUUUAUUGACUAUACGGGUGGUUCAGUUUAAACAUUUUAUCAAUCCGUGUUUUUAGUAGUGUUUAAUUUGAGUUUCAUUUUUGUUUUAGGUAAGCUGAAAAACCCUGUACCUGAAGAAGAUGAGGAAGAACCCAGCACUCAGGAUGGCUGAGCCAGAGAAGUGGUUUCAGUACAGAAGAGGCAACGGUCUUUGAUAAUCUGGACAAAGCAACAGACUCUGGCCUUUAUCUCAGGCACAGCAUCAAUAUGACAAGACAUUGAUUCAGUUUAAGACUUAUAUGAAGAGAGAGGUGUUACGUUAAAGUAGGAGGAGUAACAGACUAGCUGUCCCUGAAGUUAACAAACCAGGUGCCAAAAACUGACAGACCUCUCCUGGUGCAUUUAACUCAACAUGACUCCUUAAAAUAGAACAUCGAUAUUAUCAAACCUCAACUUUAAUGGCCACUUAAUGAGGAACGUUUUCUCCUUAGCCAGAGUAGCUUUCUGAAAACAAUCUUUUGACAACCUCAAACAAACUUACAGUCUACUGCUCUGUAAACAAAGUGACCAAUAGUCACUAUCAGUGUAAUUUAUAUUUUAUUUCAACUUCCCAAUUCAAAAUAAAUUCAUAUAACAGAGCCUAGAGUUCCUUUUUAUCUUUGGGCUAACUGCGAGCUACUGAAGUUGAGCAAAGUUAGCGCCACAGAUGAAGGCUCUAAUACAUCAGCAAGUGAGUUAGCGACAAUAAACCAACCCUCAUCUAGGUUUCUGAAAUUUACCGAUUUAAAGUUGUUGGGUUUUUGUUGUUUGUUUUUUUAGCAACAUUAUUGCUACAAAGUUUUCUUUCCUCAGAGCUGUAACAUUUUAACUGACUAACCUCUUCAUAUCUCCUCCACCAUGGUUUUACUGCAUUCCUUUUUCAUUUUGAUUUUAGGUUUCUUUUAACUUUGGUCUAAUUUUAAACUGACAUAAGUGUUGUCAAAGUGAUGCUCUGUAGCAGUGAGUAAAACACUAGAAUUAAAAGAUUUAGCACUAAGAGAAAAAAAUCCUUCAAGCAAAUUUCUCCCCCCUUUUUUUGCAGAGGUCCAUCAUUAGUUCUUCUUUCACUCUCCACACUGACAUUGAAGAGAAAUUAACUAUUUACUUUUAUAAGUGCUGUUGCCAUCAGUUGACAAUUUGCAAGAGAAAAUGAAUUUCUCAUUUACUUUAAAGUCAAACUGUAUUUUUAUUGUGUUUGAUCCAUAAAAUAAAAAUGUAAUAAUAAUAAAAAAUAAUAAAAAAUAAUUAUAGACGUGGGAAAAGCAAUCAGUACACAGCAUGCUAACGAACGCAAUGUUGAUCUGUUUCAACAAAAUCCAGGAACACUCACUUUCGACCAUUAACAAUAUCAAUGUGAGUUAGUUUGGUUUUCCUCCUUCCUAAUGCUAUGAUGUAAGUUUGGUUCUGGUUGCCCCCUAGUGGCCACUGUAGGUAAUCACAAAACUGCUUAGAAGUAAAGGUGACAGUUCAUUACACUGGUAGUGAUGGUGUUGAUCUUUCAUAGCCUGGUGUUCUGGUUAUUUCUCUCAGUAAUUGUUGGAAAAAUGUUAGGGUUAGGGAAAGAGUCAUUUUGUGUCAAACCUGGGAAAUGAUUUAUAGUUUAUCAUGAUAAAUCUUGUCAUGCUUGACCAAAAAUUGUUGUAAAACUUUCAAUCAAGUAAAAAUAAUGACUUUUUCCUCAAUAAAUUGUAUUUUAGGGAACUGUGUAUUUUCCAUUUGGAUCUAAAGUACUGUCGGGUUGCAAUAAAAUUGAAAAUAUUCAUGUGUAAAUUUCAUGUUCAGGUAAUUAACUCAUUUGUGUAAGUAUUUAAUAAGCCGAGUGUUAAUGGAUUGAUGGCAGACUAAGAAGACCUGUAAUUUAUUGAGGAUUAUUUCAAUCAUAUAUGUUUGCCUUGGAUAAGUUCAGCUGUCUUUUUUAAUCUGUAUAAGGUGACACUUCAAAGCAGCGUCUUGACAGUCUCUGUGUCGUUCUCGGUUUAAUCAGGAGAAGACUGCAGUCAUCUCAUGGCUUCAAUAAAAGUGUUGGGUUCAAAUAAGGUGCUCUCACUUAACGUUUUCACCUAACCUGACCUCAGCCAUACUCACGAAGCAGUGUCACACACUCACAGCUCAGGUCUGACAGCCCUAAAAUUUAUUUUAUUCAUGUCAUUUAAGUUACACGGUGGAAUCAGAGACACAAAAAAAGAGGUUAGAAAGAAAACAGCAAUCAUUCCACAUCAAAUGGCAGAAUGAGUCCAUGGAUCUGUCCUCACAUACUUACAAUGCAUACUAUCGACUUAAAAACACAAGUAGUAUAUUUGUUUACUGUAGUGUGCAGACUACUCCAGUUUAUAGUGUUUUCCUGCUACAUACUAUGAACUUCUCUUCACCUUGCCGCUGCUUCUUCUAAAGCCUAGAGUAAAAUAGUAUGCAGUAUGAGCGCUCAGACGGAUCCCUGGUGUUAGUCAUACAUCAGCAGAGGGCUGGCAUAGAGGGAGCAUGGUUUGUGUCUCAAUAUGUAGCCCUUUGCCAUGCCUCAAUGGAGUGAAAAAGAAAUCAGACUGCACUUUGUAAAAGUUUUUUAUAAGUCUGUCUGUUAAAAAAAUCCUAAUCGACUGCUCUAAUGUAAAGGUCACUGAAGGGACGUCUCAUCGACUGCAGUUUAUAAAUGCAGUGAAAACACCACCCAGUGUGUAUAUGUAUAUAUACAUUUAUUUCUUGUCUUAUUGCAGCUCCAGGUUUUUCCUCACAGGUCUGGCCAAUUGGGAUUUAAAGGGGGUUCUGGGUGACUUGGUUUAAAUCAUAUACUGAAUAUUAGUCAUGGUCCAUAUUAAGGGGUAAGGCCAUGUGUCUGUUGGAGUGUGACAGCUGCUGUAAGAGGUACCUUUGAGAAAGGCACUUUCACUCCAGCUGUUUCAAAAGGGCCCGCUACCAGCCCACACUACAAGCCAGCGACUGUCAAAAUUGGACAGAGAGCAUCCUCUUCUCGGAGACCAGAGGGUGCCAGGAAGUAUUUUGUAGGUGAUUAUCUAAGUUCAAUAUUCCACUGGCUUGUUCCAUUUUUUUUUUUUUUUACAACUUGAGAAAAAGAGCAAAACCUAAUGGACGUCAAGAGAAAACAGCCGUUUGGGAUAUAUGUAGAUGUGCUGAAGGUUUUUUUUUUUUUGAUAGUGUUACUUCAAUAUACAUUUUUCUGUUCACUGUAAAAGUUUGUGUCACCCCCUUUUGUUUAGCUGAGCUGCCGCAGGGUCAGGCGGAUUGUUUCCAUAAAGUCCAUUGUUAAACUCAACACCUAAAAAUGGCAUUUCACCCAUUAAUACUCAAACACUCCACCACUUUCAAGCCCUGAUACAACUUUUUUAGUGUUAACACAUUUGGCAAAUCGUCAUCAUCAUCAUUGUCAUCAUCAUCAUCAUCAUCAUAAAAAUAACAAAACAUAAACAUUAAAAACAGACAAGUUCAGUUCACAUCAAAGUAGAAUACAGAUAUUAUAUCUUUACCCACAAAAAUCUCAUGUUACAACUAGCUUGAAAAAGAAAGAAAAUAUCACCAUGUUAUACAAAUGCUUGUGUUUAUCAUGAAAUGUGGAAAGAUUAGUGUGUGAAUGUAGCUUUAUAUCUGCUCAGGAUGUCUGUCAAUGUGUAUCUGAGUGUAAACUUACAUUAACAAGCAACAUAUCUUUCGUUAUCAACACCAGGAAUCCUCACCCACCCUCUUCGGAUAAAAGCAAAAACAAAAAAAUAAUAAUAACCCACAUCACAUCAUUUGCAUUCCCAAAGUAAGCAUCCAAAUCCAUCACCACAUAAGAGUUGUCAGCUGGCCACUAAAAUCUCAAAUCUUUAUCGAAAAAAUGGAACAAAUAAAGAAAAUAUUUUAGUGUCAACUAUAUAUAUACUAUAUAUUUAUAUUUUUGUUCUUUUAUACCAACCAAACAUAUGGUAUAUUAUGUGUUGCUAUGGUUAUGGUCCCUGGCAACAUCAUGAAAAAGUACACAGAUUAAAAUAAAGAUACUGAUCCCCCAACUUCUUCCAGCUAGUGUUUGUGUUUCCUGUCAGAUUUGUUGUCGACUUUGUGCAUUAAAUUGUUGUUCUGUAUGUUCUUUUGGCAUUUAGUGUAUUUGUUGUGGUCUUCUUUUCAAUACCACUCAUUUAGUGUGUCAACAUUUUUAUGUACACAUCACACACUGAUUAGAUCAGAACGUUUAAGUUGAGGCAUUUUGGGCAAAGUUUAGUGUGUUCAGUUGAAGUUAGAAUGAGUUACUAGUGUGUCUUUGUUGCUGUGUACAUGUCUACACACCCUGAUAGUAAACAGUAUGAUGGACCUUUGUUGUGUAGUGUGUGUGUGUGUGUCUAUGCAUUAGCACUGAUGCUCUGUUUGUAGACGGCGUGGUAGGCGUUUCUCAGCAGGACGUAAGGGAAGCAGGACUCCAGCAGGUCCAUGGUCAAGAAGGGAGACUC